GUUAAACGUAGUCAUCCACGUUGUCUUUGAUGAUACUUUGCGUAAGGAGAUACUUAGAAAGACAAGGCGCACUUUGAUACCUUCCUACCUGCUCACACUGACCACUUCAGAUUCUCGGCACCACUAAUUGAUCCAACAAACACCUGGCAGUUUCAUCUCAGCUCUUUCUCGAGCAUUUGCAUCUAAAACUAUGGUAUCACAACGGGAUAAAGAGCUGUUCAGAGAUGACAUUCGUGCCCGGGGAACAAAACUUAGUGCUGCUGAUCGUGAGAGCCUGUUGAAACCAUACCUACCAGACCCCUCGGAGCUUCCACAUCGGCCACCGCAGCGGCGCAGAAAAGCAUCGCCCAGGAAGACACCUAUCCGGACUUUCCUGAAGUCGCAACUACACCAGCUGACCUACACUCUCAUUCACAUUUUCUUUGGUAUCGUCAUUCGCCUUGUCCAGAGCUAUCAUGCCGUUGUGGAUAGGGUGUUUGCCAUCGUCUAUUAUCACCAUCGCACUCCCGAAUUGAUCCGAAAGGAUGUGAAGAAUUUGGAUCGCUUACCGGAGCAUUUGAGUGUUAUAUUGUCACUGCGGCAGGAGGAGGAUUCUUUAACGAUUUUAAUGGAUGAAGUGGCAGAACUUGCUGCGUGGAGCGUCAGUGCUGGGAUCCCUGUGCUAAGCGUUUAUGAGAAGAGUGGAGUCUUAAAAUCAUGCAUUCCCACACUGCACCGCAUCGUUACAAACAAGCUAUCUGCGUAUUACGGCUCUCCUUCCCAACAGCCAACGUUGCGACUUUUUGCCCCGCAUCACCCUGUGUAUCAACCACAGGACGGCCACUCAACUGAAAAAGCCAAUACUGAUUCUCUGACUGUGCUUCUGCUGUCAGCCACCGAUGGCCGGGAGACAUUUGUGGACUUGACCAAGACGCUUGCGGAAAUGGCCCAGAAUGGAAAACUAUCGCCAGAAGAUAUCACAAUGGAAUUGGUUGAUGCGGAGAUUAGCGAAAUCACGACACAGCCAUCUCAGACAUCGUUACCGACCUCCACUGAGAACAAAACAAUAUCUAUUCUGGACGUUUCAGUAAAACCAGAACCUGAUUUACUAUUAGUGUUCAGGCCCUUCUUGAAAUUAGAUGGGUAUCCACCCUGGCAUAUUCGACUUACAGAGAUGUAUUGUACAGGCGACAAGAGCAACAGCAUGACGGGAUAUGGGGAGGCAGUUGAAUAUCAGGGCUUUCUUAGGGGUCUAUGGCAUUAUGCAGGGGCUCAAAUGAGGUUCGGGCGUUGAGCCUUCUCUCCCUCAUGGCUUUCUUUUCAUACUCACCUCUUUGUGGCUGUUGGAAGGGCCUAAAUCGAGGCUUCAUAUCAAGCGUCAGAUCGUCCCUUGAUAAAAGACUUUGGGAAGAUGGUCUCAGAAUAAUGUACUACACCUCCAAUUCCCGCAGGCCAUAUACAUGUUUGAUGUAAAUUACAUGCGCCUCCAAUGAAGUAUUCAU